UAGAAAUCAGCUUAUAGAGUAUAUUGAAUUACUCACCACUACUCCGUACCAGGCAUCCAUCGGCAGACAUUUCUCGGAUCCCGUGUAUACAAAGUACAUAGGGACAUCCCCCAUCCCACAAAUACCAUGGCACCAUCUUUACUCUUCAAUUCCCGUCUCACCACAAUGUCUUAGCAUCGGGUGAAAACUAAUGAGGCGUCGUCCAGUGCACGCAGUACCCUCAAAUACGCCAUGAAAACCCGGAUAAAUCAACGUUGCCGCUUCCUCAGUGAAGUGGUGUAUUCACUGCCAAAUAUCAACAAAGGUCUCGUCUUCCGAGCUCUGGCAGCACUGCCUACAAUGUGUCACUAUUCAGUCUGAAUAUUCCGCCUACGUUGCGCGUCAUGGUGUGGCUCUACGCCAGCAACUCUUCCAUUCCCAUUUUCGUUAUCCUUACGACCGCUCUCCUCUAUGUGCAGUUGACAUCAUGCAGAACUCGUUACCUGUCGUACCUCCACCUGAAUGCCUUAUGCCCGAAAACAGCCGUGAUAUCGUGGGUCUUGUGUAUGAAAAUCUUUGCAACUUCCGCGCUUCGAAGAUAGAACAGAGACAACAGAGAACUCCAGAAUCUGAUGGAAGCCCAAGUGCUUCUCAUGACUUCACCAUUGAGGCCGAUGAGGCGACACCUCGAAAAAGUAAGCGAUACAAGUCUUCGACAGCUGACGCAAAACAAAUCCGUCCGUCGAACAAUUUCAAUCCUGACCAGCGAUCCAACUCAGUCCUUGAAAAUGCCGUGGGCUCGGAAGUUCCCUCGGAAGAGACAAGUCUCCAUGGUUCAGAUCUCGCACUACGAUUCGCCAUAGAAGUGGUCUCUAAGCUUCAUGAGAAGGAGCUGGAUUCGUUUAUUAGUUUUCUCCACAAGGAAGACACGCAUGGUGUUACAACGAAUUUGCAACAACUUCUGACCAAUGAAAUCGAAUACUUCCGUACACAAGAGGCAGGCUUCACCAAAGAAGACGCGCAUGGGAUUGCACAGCCUGCGGGCAAUCCGGAUUGCGACCUUGGACUAAUACUACACUGUCAAUCCAGAGAAGGUGGCGUUACCAAGUUCUGUGACAAGGGCAGCCAGACCAUUCAACUGCUUUCCAAAAAGGGCUUGGGCCCGGACGUCGUCUUUGCAUACGAUUGGCAUUGGAGAGGGGAGGGGAGUGCGCGAGGACGCAAAUCGACCUGUCCUGCCUCACGUUGGACGAAGGAAAAGCUCCAGAUGCACCACCAAAUGUCUCACCGUCUUCUAGAGAUCUUGCCAGUCCCUUUCCUGAUUGUGGGCGGCCGUUGUGCAAAGAAGCAUUAUCAAGAAGGCAGAAAGCAUUUAGCUAAAGUGCUCAAUGUCAAACUCAGUGGUAACACUUCAAUCGGCUUCGAAAUCCUUUUCAAAGACCAGAGUGUGCGGCGCAUAACAGCCUUUGUCGACCACCCGGUGGCAUCAACGUUCAACCCGAAUGCAACUGCACAAUACUCUCUACGAUUGGACGCUGGCCUGAAUUUCAUGAUGUGGCUGUUAGGACUCCCGCACGACGAGAGAUCCUUCACCGAGACAGGAGCCAAAUUUCAAAAGGGUAUGCCAGGCAGUGCUCCACUUAAAGAAGUGCACGAGCACAUGAGAAUGGAAACCAACCUCAACAGAACCCUCACAGUCCUUGAAUAUGAUUCUGCCUUUCUGAACUGGGCUAGUAUGACGCUGCAAGAGGAUGUUUUCAAAAUGCUGGAUGAAGGGCAGUCAGUGGCCAGAGCUCUUCGGACCAGAAUCAAUAACAGCAUUUCCAAAGGGUUGCUGGAGUCGGAGAAAUUCGCUGCAGCUAAUCGCCGCCGAAAUGCUGCCCGAUAUGGGUUCGAAUUCAAAGAGCUUUGGGAUGCAGAGGAGGUCACACUCACGGCAAAAGGGUAUAUCUCACUACAUUUGUCGGAAGAGAGGCGUGCGCUCAAGAUUUUGGUUCCCUUGGAAGCGAGGAAAAGGUGUCUAGCUGCACAAGCGAAGAACGAAAAGACAGUCGUAUUCUUCACCCAAACUGGGGUGGAAUUGAAGCUCGGGGAAGAUUUGAUUGUCACCCUCUCCAUUGACGAGCUACGGAAACAGCAAGGAUUUGGACAAGAAGGUGUUGACCAGCAUCACAUGGAACUUGAGAGGAAAGGGGAAUUGAAGAGGAAAGACAACGGCGAGUCUGAAUUAAACUGGAUGGUGAACAGUUGAAACUUGCUAUUAGAAGAAUUACCAGGUUCGGUCGGUGUUCGGUAAGUUUUGGUCACUAAAGAUUAUCUGGAACAAGUGCCUGGCUGAGAGGCAGGUCUAACCGGUCGCUGGGGGCCAGAUUGGGCCCCCUUUGUACCUCGGGCGUGCUUAGGGUAAUUAUCAUUGGGGGCGUAGGUCAUGCUCAGGGAGGCUCAGCUAAAGGUUCAGUCAAAGCUCAAGAUAAAGCGGCCUUCGCUCACCCUCUAGGAUCGAAUCGUAUUUGUCAACUAGGUUUUUCGUUCGCGAGUAAUAGAGGUAGUUGUACACUCAGUAAUAACAUAUCCUGCUGACUUGCUGUAUCAGAUCUCC